AUGAUGAAUAAGAUGACCAGCUCUGAUCUCAUAGAUUCUAAGCUUGAAGAACAUCAGCUCUGUGGAUCCAAACACUGCCCUCGCUGCGGUCACAAGUUCGAUCAAGGCAAACCGGAUUGGUUAGGUCUACCAGCAGGAGUGAAGUUUGAUCCAACAGAUCAAGAACUCAUCGAACAUCUCGAAGCUAAAGUUGAAUCAAAGAACAAUACGAAAUCACAUCCUUUGAUAGAUGAAUUCAUUCUCACUAUUGAAGGUGAAGACGGAAUUUGUUACACCCAUCCUGAAAAACUUCCAGGAGUGACGAGAGAUGGAUUAAGCAGACACUUUUUCCACAGACCAUCCAAGGCAUACACAACGGGAACACGAAAGAGACGAAAGAUUCAAACCGAAGAAUGUGAUUUGCAAGGAACCGGUUCAGGAGGAGAAACAAGAUGGCACAAAACUGGAAAAACUAGACCUGUUAUGGUUAACGGAAAACAAAAAGGCUGCAAGAAGAUUCUAGUCCUCUACACCAAUUUCGGGAAGAAUCGAAAACCCGAGAAGACGAAUUGGGUUAUGCACCAGUAUCAUCUAGGACAACAUGAAGAAGAGAAAGAAGGAGAGCUUGUUGUUUCCAAGAUAUUUUAUCAGACACAGCCGAGACAGUGUAAUUGGUCUGAUAAUAAUCAUAGAAUCGGUGCAACAACAAUAACCGGCGAAGGAAGUGGCGGCGAACCUAAUAAUAUUAUCAAUGCAAGAAGAGAUAGUGGAAGUGGAAGUUCUUCUUCUAAAGAGAUUGUAACUCAUCAUAAUCAUAAUAGUCAUAUUUAUAGAGACGAAAUGUCUGCCGCGGCCGCUGCUGCCGCUGCUGUUGCGGUUGGUGUCCCACCUCCUUUAACCAGCUUCACAAAUGCUUUGGAUAUUCAACAUCUUAAAUCUGAUCAUUUCGGCUUCAUCCCUUUUCGGAAAAACAGCUUCGAUGAGGUUGGAAUAGGAGAAGGUUCUACAGCAAGAGAAAUGCAAGCAUCAGGCUCAUGUGAUCAGGAGCAGCAUCAUGUAGUAACACAUCAUCAUCAACAACAACAUCAACAUGAGCAUCAUCAACAAAUUAAUGCAAACGCAGCUUUCCAUAUCAGUAGGCCUUCCAAUCCAAUCUCAACUAUCAUCUCUCCACCUCCACUUCACCAUACAUCCAUCAUCCUUGAUGAUAAUUCUUACCAUGUCUCAACAAUCAUGCUCCAAAAUGAGAAUUUCCAGCAACAACAACAGCAGCAACAACAUCAUAAACUAGGUGGUGGAAGGUCUGCAUCUGGUUUGGAAGAAGUCAUCAUGGGUUGCACUUCAACAUCUUCUGAUACUAUCAAAGAGGAAUCAUCUAUGAGAAACCAACAAGAAGCAGAAUGGUUGAAAUACUCUUCUUAUUGGCCUGUUGACCCUCCUCAAGACAACCAUCAUCAUCAGCAUCAUCAUCAUCAACAUCAUGAUCAAUAG